AUGUCGAUCACUCUUGACAAUGUGUCGACUUUACUUCACCUCCCGGUGAUGGGUCAGUUAUGUGAUUUGGAGGAGCUAGAGUUUGAGGAGGCUCGUUCAACUCUUGUGGACCUGCUUGGCGUUGAUGGUGGCACAGCUGGUGUUGAGAUGGAGGAGGCACGUGGUCCGAAAGUCAGACUGAGCUGGUUGAGAGAUAUAUAUGGUCAAAGAGAUGUACACGCGUGUGACAGAUAUGCUUGGGGCAUUGCUGCGCUCACCCAUUUGUACGAGCAACUCGGGGAUGCGAGUAUGGCUUCCACGAGACAGAUGACUAGAUAUCUGACUCUGUUUCAGAGUUGGAUAUACGAGCAUUUCCCUAGCAUGGGUAGGAGGCGGUUGGUGUCAUCUUAUGAUGAUAGCACACCACGUGCUGCUAGGUGGCAGAGCCCUAGGCAAAGUUCCACUCUUGCAGAGAUUCGGUCGCAGUUGGAUGGCCUUACAUACAGUGGAGUUGUAUGGCACCCGUAUGAGGGACAUCGGGGCAUUCGUCCAUUGUUCAGCAUAUGCAUGUAUUCUUGCAGAUGA